AUGCGGAUUCUUAUUGUGAAUGUUAAUACCACCAAAUCCAUGACAGAAGCCAUAGGGCGUCAAGCUCGCCGAUUUGCUUCGCCCGGCACCGAGGUCGUCACCGUGACACCAGCGUUUGGUGCAGAGUCUAUCGAAAGCAACUUUGAGAGCUAUUUGGCCGCUGUUGGUAUAAUUGAUGCUGUUCUCAAGUAUGAAGAGCCCUUUGAUGCGGUAAUUCAAGCUGGUUAUGGCGAACAUGGUCGCGAAGGCCUUCAAGAGGUCCUCGAUGUUCCUGUUGUUGAUAUCACAGAAGCCGCUGCAUCUACAGCCCUAUAUCUCGGGUAUAAAUAUUCUGUCGUGACAACGCUGGAGCAUUGUGUGUCAAUGAUAGAGAACCGUCUCAAAGUCGCGGGACUCAAUACGCGCUGUGCUUCGGUUCGAGCCACAAGCACCUCUGUUCUGGGGCUUGAGUCCAACCCAGAGCAAGCAGUUGAUAGCAUUGUGAGAGAAGCUGCUGCUGCUGUUGCAAAUGAUGGAGCGGAAGUCAUUUGUCUGGGCUGCGGUGGUAUGGCCGACCUAGAGGAACGCGUUAAGCAAAAACUGGGCGGCGUGCCUGUUAUCGACGGGGUAGCAGCUGCUGUACAAGUUGCAGAGUCAUUGGUCAAACUCCAGCUUAAGACGUCCAAGAUUAAAGCCUAUGCACGCCCUAGACAAAAGGCACUCGUGGGUUUCCCACUCCUAUGA